GACGCCGUUGGCAAGCCAACGACAACGACAAAUAUUGACAGGAUUGUAAACAAGCAGUGAAAAAUGAUUAAAUGAAGAUGGAGAAAAACACCGGUUCAUCAGUGAAAUCAGUGAAACGUUUGUUGAAUGAGUUCCAGUGUGUGUACGGCGAGAAGCUCAGGCGCCUUGAGUGUGAAAGUAAUGGCCCCCAGGAGGAGAUUUUGCGGAUGAAGGUCCGGAUCCUGCACUCAUAUGUAAACGACCUGAGCGACCAAAAUCGCGUGUUGGUCCACACUGUGGAGGAUCUGGAGAAAGAAGCGAGCGAGAAGGUCGCCGACUUGAAAGCGAAACUGCAGACUUCGAAAGAAGGCAUUAACGAUCUGGACCAUAAGAGGACACGCCUCCAGGAUGACAACAAGCGCCUGAGAGCUGAGAUUCAGCAGCUGAAGGCUGACACUCGAACCCUUACGCGAGUAAUCCAAGAGGCUCAGCGCGCACAAGGCCUGGACGUCACAGAGCUCACAUUAAGGACACAGACACUGGAGAGCACCACAGGCCGAGCAGCUCACAGCGGUCAGCUCUCGCAGCAGGCAGGCGACCUUAUGAAGGCUCAGGUGGAGGAUCUGCAGAAUCAGCUGAAGACCAAAACCAGGAUUAUUCAACGUCUGGAAGAGGAAAUUAAGAUGCUUUUGUCUCACAGAAUCCAGGAGAAGAAUGAGGGCAGCAGGGUUGCAGGAGCUCUGGAGGAGAUGUGUAAAGAGAUCAGUGAGGAGAAAGUUAAUAGCCCAGGUUUAGACGCCGGCCUGCUCCAGUCCAAAUUACAGGAAAGGACAGAACAAUCUCAACAGCUGCGAGAUCAAAUUCUCAAGCAGCAGGAGGGUUUAAGUAGGGCGAGGCAAAGUCUCCGAGACACCAGCAGAGCAGCUGGCAGUGAGGUACACAAGACCACAAGACACAAGACAGAAAGCAGGAUGUCUGCAGCUCAGAAGCGACUGCACGAGACCAAAAAGCAGCUUGCAGAGUUGAAAAACGAGUGUGAACAAAAACAGAAGGAGGUUGAGAAGCUGACAGAAGAGUCUACAAGGUGUGAAGGGCUGGUGAAGGAGAAUGCUGAGGAACUUCAAAAAAUGACCUCCGAGAAGAGAAACCUGGAGCUGGAGCUCGCUGUGAUCUCUGAGAAACACAAAACGGCUCAACAAGAGGUGUCCAGCCGAGAUCAGGUGAUUCUGCAGCUGAGGGCGGAGCUUCGGGUCUUGGUGGAGAAGAACCAGGGAGUACAGGAGGAGCUGGGGCUGCAGGAGGCUGAGGUCAGCAGGCUUAAUGAGAAGGUGAGGAAGCAGCAGGCCCGCUUACAGGAGCUGAGCGAGAUGUGUCGCCACGGAAACGCCCGGAUGGACCACGAACAGCAAAAGACACAGCAGCUCCAGAGUCAGAUACAACUCGCCCAGCAACAGCUGAAGCAUCAGACCGAGCGUGCAGAGCGUCUCCAGGGCGACCUGACCACCGCACGGCUGGACCACGCCUCCGACGCAGACCGCUGGACUCAGAGGAACCUUCUCCUGCACAAGGAGGUCCAGCAGCUCCAGGAGCAGAACGUCGAGCACACACAGCUUGUCAGCCAACUCCGAGAGAAGCUCAGAGAGGCCGAGCUCACUCAGAACCUCGCUCAGGAGAAGGUCACAGAGUGCGAGGAGUUCCUGAAGAAGCGGGACGCUGAGAUCAGAGUCCUGAAUCAGCAGCUAAAGGAGAUCCAGGACGAAGUGCGGAAGAGCAGGAAGUCGUCUCAGAGCCACCGUUCUGCACUGGAGAUCUUCAAACAGAAAUACACGACGGCCAUGGAGAAGGUCCAUCAGCUGCAGGUCCGAGUCCAGAGAGCGGAGGAAGAGGCGUCGCUUUCUCAAAAACAGGUUAUAGAGGCCCGAGCAGAAGUUUGCACUUUACGAGCUGAAAUAUCGAGUCUCGAGUCUCGCUACGAGCACAAAGCGAAGCAAGCGGCGCUCUCGGAGGAGGCGAUGGAGCUGCUCACAGACGAGCUUCAGGCAGCGCUGGACAGCCUGAGGAGCCGAGAGGAGAGAAACCUGCGCCGCGAGCAGGAGACUGAGAAACUGCGAGUCACAAUGGAGCGUCAGCAAAAACAGGUUGAGAACAAGGUGGCUCUGGUGGAAUCUGAGCUGCAGAACACACUCCUGACUCUCCAAACCAGAGCGCAAGAACUCCAGGAGCUUCAUGAGGAGAUCCGGAAAGUGACUGAGGAGAAGAACCUGAAGGAAAAUGAGAACCAGGUGAUGAGGAAUGAGCUCAAGGAGCUGGGGCAUCAACUUCAGCAGAUCCUCUCUUUCUUCACAGAUGCAGCUGAUACUGUACAUCAGCAGGACGACAGCGCUGAGUUCUUACCAUCAUUCAUUAAGAAGACGGAGACGCAGCUGAGCAACAGUCCUGAAGAGAAAGAGGACGACCUCCAGCUACAGUCGACUGUAGAGAAGCUCAGAGCCGAGGCCGGCGUCUUCCUGAGAUCUCUGAGGAGCGCUGAAGAAGAAGCAGCACUGCAGCGGAGACUCGCCUGGGAGGCGGCGGGAGAAAGAGACGAGGCCAGAGAGCAGCUGCAGCUGCUAAAACAAAAUCUAGAGGAAACCCAGACAGAAAACUCUCACCUCCAUCAGGAGAGAGAACAGCUGGUGACCAACAUCAACCUCUGGAUCACUGAGCACAGGGCUGCUAACGAGAGUCUGGCUGGACGGAUCAAACAGCAGAACGAGCUUUUGGCCAGCGUCAGUCUGGAGACAGAGAAUGCGCACGGGAAGCAACUAGCCGAUAGCUUGAGCAGAAUAGACGACAUCCAAUCAAGGCUGAGGUCCAACAUGCGGUCGGUCGAGCUGCUAAAUCAACAGCUGAGCAGCAUGAGCGAACAGAACAAGAGGAUCAGGAAACUGCUGGAGAACGAGAGGAAAAGGUGCUCACAUCUGGAGCUGUUACUGGGCUUCAGGGUCGACCAGAGCUCGGCCGCUCUCUGCUCUCCUCCGUCCCUCGAGCCCUCAGACCUGGAGCUUGAGAAGAUCGAAAGCGGUUCUCUAGGCGGCUCAGAGGAACAUGUGAGAAGAGAUCAAAGUCUGCCGUACUGCUGUGUCAGGGGUCUCUUCAUCCAGUAAUUACAUUACCAAGAACCUACAACUUUUUCACCCCGAAAGGUCUUACACACAGCAGACGCAUCAAACAGCCAAUCGAGACUCUUUCUGUAGCACACUGGCAAACACACGAGGGUUGGACGCUUACUUUUCUCGAACUGCAUCAAACCAAAGCUUAUUGUUGAGCUACAGUAGUUGUUACUUAAAAGCCAGUUCGAUCAGUGUAAAUACACUACAAACAGGAACAUGGACACCUUCAUGAAAAAUUGUCUUCUGAUUCUGUCCAAAAGCUAACCAGCUAGUUUUAUUAACCGUCUCAUUUAUAUAUGGUAUGUGUACGUAGAUAAAUCCACACCAAAUAAAACUAUAAUCUCAUUUAAAAGUGUGUACUGCUGAAAUGACGUCAUGUAUAAAGUUAGAAAUGCCUUCAUGAAUGU